CCCACCACUAUCAACCUCACUUCAUCCAUCGACAGUCGUUCAAGCAGUUUUAUUGAAUCAUCGCGCAGCAAGAGACGGAUUACGUAAUCGACCUCUUGGGGAGGCAAUUUCGAAAUGCAAGAGACAGAUCUAUGUUACCCGGCGGAUGCGUGUCCGUUCUGCGCCAUCGCUGCUGCGUAUCCUGACCCGCAUUCUCAAUACCAUUCGAGACCAAGACUGUGGACUAAGAAGAGGAGUCAAGAGGAGGAAUUGCAAGAUGCGGUGCCCGCGGAGGAGGAAUGCAAUGUUGAAAAGACAAGUCCGAGCAGUUUCUUGGUGAUGCGGACGAGGGAUGUGGUGGCGUUCUUGGAUAUCUUGCCUAUGACGGGCGGGCAUCUACUGGUCACAACGCGGAAUCACAAAGUUAAGGUGGCAGAUAUGGAGGCGCAAGAAAGUCGCGAAAUCGGCUUUUGGCUCCCGUUCCUAGCGAGGACUGUAGCGAAGGUUACCGGUGUAACAGACUACAACAUUGUACAAAACAACGGGGCGCGAGCAGCGCAGGUCGUACCACAUGUACAUUUUCACAUAAUACCACGGCCAGCGACGAUGCCGGAAAUCAAGAGCAAGAGCUGGACGAUGUUUGGGAGGGGGCAGCGCGAUGAUCUGGAUGACGAAGAAGGAGCGCAGAUGGCGGGCGAGAUGAGGAAAGUGCUGAGGCAGGAGAUUAAAAAGCUGGGUAAGAACGAUCCGAAGUUAUAAUGAGAUGACAUCA